AUGAAUCGAUCAAUAGAGCAGACUUUGCUGUCGCUGAUGCCAACACACGGCUCAGCUCUGCCGCCGUCGUUGGUCGAGCUGGCAGGCUCUUUGCUAGCGCAGUCGAGGCAUCGUGCCAGCACUUUGAAGGCGGAUGAAGAGAUUGGGCGGUUAUACGCAUGCGCCCAUAUCGCCUGCGACAGACUCAAAAUCACACUGAACCUCCCACCAAUCGAAUCGCGACCUCCGAUCCCCCCGAGAAUCUACAAACGUCUCUACGCCCAUCUCGACAAUAUUCUCCCCAACUCCGCCCUCAACCGCACGCCAGGAAAGAAUGGUACCCCCCGCAACCGCCAGCGACACGGCGUCGAUUCACCAGUCCGCACACCGCACCGUCCGACCCCAAGCAAAGAGCGGUCUCUCGCGCCGUUCCGGUCACCAGCGACCCGCGGCGUCAACGCCACGCCGUCAAAAUCAACGGGCAAGGUCGCCUACCCGUCCGACAAGUCCGGACUGCACUUCUGGAUCCAUCCGACUAUUCGGUUCAUGUGUAGGGAGACGAAGCAGGUCCAACUAGGACCAACAAUGCUUGCGGGGAUGGAGUAUAUCGUGGUCCCCGGAGGCAGGAGAACGAGGGAUGCGUGGGUGAGGGAGAACCUCGUCGCGCUGUGCGGGGCGGUGUUCUUUUUCGUCACUCAGCAGGUUAAGAAGCUGGUGAGCGGCGAGGACAUAGACCGAGGCUCGUACGUUCCGACCAGGAAACACAUCAUCGGUCUGCUGGAGAAGGCGCGGCAGGAGCUCGACACGCGAGGUCUAGAUGAUGAGGAGGCGUGGGAGGGCUGGACGCCCAUUAAACCCAAAGAGUUCGAUGCCGCCUUGAAGGAGGUCGGCGAUAGGGGCUGGUUGGAAGCUGAUUGGUACUCCAGUCUGGGCGACGUCAUCGAGGCUGGCAAUGCGAUAGCGGACAGCCGGCGGGGUGAGAAGGACGCUUCACUGAAAACUGCACCUGUGAGACGGGCAGAUACCAUGUUCCAGGACCGCUACGACUUCUUGAGCGAAAAGAAGCGGAGGGAGUACAGGAUAUGGAAGGAAAGCAUUCUAAGGCGGAUCGAUAUCAUGGAGAAGGAGGGCGAUGAUGCCAUGGAAGUAGAUGGUUAG